AUGAUAGAUGAAAUGGAGCGUGCUUUAGAUGCUACUGAUCAUUUCUUGGAUACUAUUCUACAGAAUAAAAAUCGUUUGGAAGAUCCAAAUUUCAUGAUACAUUUAAUGCGUAUACGACAAAAGCAUAAGAAGACAUUUGCAGUGAUUGACAAAGUGUGCAACUUGUCGCACUCAUCCAAAUCUGUCGCAUCAAUAAAAAUUUGUCGUACUGAUAUAAUUGAUCAGCAAUGUUGUGUUUUAUCCAAUUCAUGCAAUUGCGUUCACGCAAAUCACGGAAAAGACUCGUACAGACGUUCACGGUCAAUGCAGUCAGUACUGCAAACCCAAAAACAGAGAAUCUGUGAGGAAAGAAACAAUAGGAAAUCAACUCGAUCGUCUUAUUCGUGGCGAUUUAUGAACGAAUUAAUGGAAAAGAAGAAGGUUGAAGAAAUGAGAGAAAAGGAAGAAAUAAUGUAUCUUCGGAAUAGAGCUCGAGAAGUACCACGAUCUACGUAUGAGCCACGUUAUCAACAGUUACGUGAAAAGGAGGAGCAGGCCCGGCAAACACGACACCAAAAAGCAAUGGAAAUACUUGGAAAAGUACGGUUUCCGGCAGUGAGUGCAAACUUAGCACCGGAAAGCUUCCACUUGCGUCGAUGUAUAAGUGCUGAAGCAUCCGAAUGGAGUAAACGAGAGGCCUUCAAGGCAAAAGAUGUUCCGCUUAGCGUCUACGUACCGUCAUACAAACAUGAAAUUGAAGCAUAUAAAAGGGCACGACGGAAGACGGAACGAGCAGCAGAAUUGAUUCGAACAAGUCGAGCACCAGCAGGACUUGAGAAACAUGCAAUGCAAUCAAAAGUGCAGCACCAUUUACGACAUGGAAAAUACUGCGUGAAUCACGAGAAGAAGCGUAACGUCUGCUAUUCACGGAACGUACCAAAUUUUAAAAAGCUACACGAGCAAUUAUUAAAUAAACUAGAAAAAGCAGCAGCAAAUCGUCCUAUAACCGUUGUAACACCUUUUUGUUUUCAAACUGAUCAACGAAUACAAACUCAUAAAUGCAAUAAUCAAAUUUUGUCGCCAAGAAUACAUCGUCGUAGCUAUUCGCUGGGUAAUUUGCGAGAAUAUAACGGACCGGGAAUACGUCUCAAUCACGCAUCUUUGCUACGUAAUGAAGCUAAUCGGAUUCGUGUUGAAAAAAUGGAAAGUGAACGAAAUUGUUCAAGAAAGUAUUGGGAAUUAAUGAGAAAACGAAAUGAAUUGGCACGUAUAAAACUGAAACAAAAAUUGGCAACCGAAGUUACCGUAAUACGUGAUAUUCAACGUAGAUUGAAGGAGAAAAAAUUAAAACAGCAAGAACGAGCAGAUGAAUAUCGUAAUGAAUUGAAAGCGAUGAAACGACGAGUUGAAGCACGGGCGCUUAUUGUAGAACAACAAGAAAUGCUAAUUAAAAUGCAGCGAUUCGAACGGAAGUACAAGGCAAGCAUUACGGAGACACGAAAUAAAACACGAAAAGUUAGUAUACAAAGUGAUUAUCCGAAUAGAUUGUUAACAACCAAUUCCGAUCAACUAUCAAUGAUCUCCGCAUUGGAUCAGAAUAGAAACGGCCUGCAAACUUCAAAAACAAAAGUCAGUGGCGAUAGUUUAUUCAUAUUGGGUAGAAUGGACAAAGAAGAAGAAUGUGAUAAAGAAAAUGAUGAUACCGGUGAUAGUGAUAGUGAUAAUGACGAGUAUGAUACUGAUUAUGAUGAUGAUGAAAUUGGUGGAAAUGAUGAUCAUGGUAAUAACGGUGAUGACGGUGAUGAUGAUGAUGAUGAUAAUGAUGAUGGUGAUGAUGAUAAUGGUGAUGAUAAUGAUGAUGGUGAUGAUGAUAAUGGUGAUGAUAAUGAUGAUGGUGAUGAUGAUGAUGAUGAUGAUAAUGAUGGUGAUGAUGACAAUGAUGAUAGUGAUGGCGGAAGUAUGAAUGAUAGCAUUGAUGAGACAUUUAUAUCCGAGCCAAAAAGUAGUGAAAUUUCAGAGGACAGCUAG